GAAAAGUGCAUUAUAUUAUCUCUCGAUAAAUCGGAUCUAGAAAAGUGGGAGAUAACAAACUAGUGAAUUGUAAUGCUUAUUAUUCAUCGUGGAAAUUCUGUAACUUCCCAUUGCGAUCUUAGCAGUGAGAGCCAUGAAAGUUCUACACUACCUUGCAUCACUAAUCCUCGUGUUGACGUCAUCAGCUUUACUUGAUAAUUCUGAUGUUGGCAACAGACGAAUGCUAUUAGAUGAUGCAAACUUCGAUAAUUCGCGACUACAAGCACUGGAACAUCAAUUUCAAACUCUUCAAUCACAGAUGAACUCGAAAAUAAUGGAACAAGAUGCUGAAAUUCAAGCCUUGAGAGCAACUCUUUCAAAUUUUGAGAAUUCUAGAGUUCGACUUGGAACUACUUACAUACGAUGGGGAAAGAAGUCGUGUCCAUCGGUGAAUGGGACCACAACGGUUUAUUCAGGUAUGGCCGGUGGAAGAAACUUUGACGAAAAAGACGGUGGCAUCAACACUCUAUGUUUACCUCUCAAUCCGGAGAACGCCCCUAGUGGUGUUUCUUCCUAUGUACAUUCCGGACGACUGUAUGGAAGUGAAUACGAAUUCUCCUAUAGAAACAUUGCUAUGGACGAUGACGUUCCCUGCGCCGUCUGUCAUUCCCUAUAUGCUUCGUCAUCAAUUAUGAUUCCCGCGAAAAGGUCAUGCCCCUCGAACUGGAUGAAGCAGUACGACGGAUUUUUGACCUCUGAAGCACACUAUACCAAUCACAAUGCCGCCGACUUCUUGUGUGUCGAUAGCAAUCCAGAGUAUGCCACCGCUGGGUCGCGACAACACAGCUCUAAUGGAAGGUUAUUCUACACUGUACAGGCAGUGUGUGGUUCUCUCCCCUGUCCGCCCUACAGAAGCUCACAACCAAUCGCUUGCGUUGUCUGUACCACUUAAACCAUUGCUUACAAAUAAAUAAAAAUAAAACAAA